AAAGGGUAUAUAUCACGAGACAACAUCUUUGUGAAGGUUUUGUUCCAGACUUUUCCAAUGUGAAAACACAGGCUGUCAGGAAAGGUGAACACUGAACAGCUUCCAUUUUUCACAUCCACCCAAUAUAUAUGAUAGACAAGAAAUCAAAGACUAACAAGCCAUGGAAGGUCCAAAUGCUGCCAGAUGCUGAUCGAGCAUAGUGUUCUCAGAUAGAACGAUUCAAAGCAGAACAUGCCAAUUGAACGUUGGAUUCUCAGAAAUACCAGUUCAAAGACACAUACAAACACAACACUAAGCGUACAUCACCCCGUGUGAUAGGAAAGCGAAAACCAGCAAAAUAACAUAAACUGCUGGCUCUGAAUUUGACAUGUUCUACAUCAAGGCACUGCAAUGCCACAGCCAUAUAAAUAGCAGCAGGAUCAAAGGUACCAACUGCUCAAACUACACAGGUAUAACGCUUGUAUAUUACCUUGAGACACAGAUCUCAGUCAAUCCUCCUACCUUAUAUCACAGAUUCUCAAUCAGCAAUACUAACAGCAUGUCUGGGGAGUGGUCAGUUAAGCUCUUCGACUGCUUUGGAGAUAGCGGAACCUGCUGCUUGACUUGCUGGUGCCCCUGCAUUACGUUCGGUCGCAUUGCUGAGAUUGUGGACAAAGGCUCAACAUCGUGCUGCAUGCACGGGACCUUGUAUGUUUUGCUGGCGACAAUAGGCUGCCAAUGGCUGUAUGCUUGUACCAAACGAUCCUCAAUGCGGGCACAGUACAACUUGCAACAGUCGCCCUGCUUGGACUGCUGCGUCCACUUCUUCUGCGAUAGUUGUGCGCUAUGCCAAGAAUACAAGGAGCUCGAAAAACGCGGCUUCAACAUGUCCAAAGGUCUUCUUGCUCCCUCCCAAUUCUUACUGAAAGAACACAAAAACAGGGAAGAAAAAAGAAGUGGAUGUUCACAAAGACAGAUGUUCAUGACUAAUCAUGAUCUUGAUCAUUAUAUUUUUACAGGAUGGGAAGGUAGCAACAAGAUGGUUGGGUGUGUACAAGGCAUGAAACCACCACGAAAGCAAAGAAUGUGAUUUUAGGACAUGUAUAGCUCCAACAUUUGCUUUGUGCAACUAUGAGCACUUUUUCUUCAAUUGCUUUCUAUUAAUAUUCAUUUACCAAUGUUUCCCAAGUUCUACAAAA